AUGGCGCUGACGGUUUUGCUGGAGAUCAUGCUUGAGAUCGCGUUGAAUGUAUUGGUGCUGGUCUUGCUGGAGGUCUUGCUAGAGAUCGAGCUGACGGUCUUGCUGGGGGUCUUGCUGGAGACCGCGCUGACGGUCUCGCUUGAGAUCGCGCUUGAGGUCUCGCUGAAGAUCGUGCUGAAGGUAUUGCUGCCAGUCUUGAUGGAGAUCUUGCUGAAGGUAAUGCUGAAGAUCACGCUCCCGGUCUUGCUGGAGAUAGUGCCGACGGUCUCACUUGAGAUUUUGCUGGAGGUCUUUCUGGAGAUCACGCUAACGGCAUUGAUGGCGGUCUCACUAGUAAUUUUACAUUAUUAA